ACGAACAACUCGCAAAAUGAAGAGCCCACCAAACGAGACGCUGCUCGGCCGUCGCAAGGAUCCAGAGGCACCCGCUGGGAGUGACGUGACAGAGCGCGGCGGGAAAAGGACAACAACCUGCUCCGGGGAGCACAGCCUGUCGCCCGACACGCUCGCGCGGCCGUGGGAGGAACUCGCACAAGGCGGCGCCGUACAAAAUCAAUACUUUGCCCUGCCUCUGGUCGGCCAGACCGAGGCGCCCUCCCCUCUGUGUCUGUGUCGCACGCGCCCCAGCAGCAGCACCCCGCGCUGCGCUCCUCCCUGCACUGCCUCUCCGAGGUGCGAUCCUCCUGGCCAGCGGGAAGAAGAUGAUGGGAGCCGAGACCACCAAGCUCUGAGCAGAGCGCGCCGACGUGCGGCCGGGGGGCCAGGGGCCAGCGGGCCGCGCGAGUGUCCUCCUGGUCAUCCUGGCGAUGUGAGCCCGCCAGUGUCCACCCCCCGCGCAGCCCGCCACCACCAUAACCAUGAACGUGCACUGGGAGCGGAACACCAACGCCAAGUGCGACUGCACCAUCCUCAACCUCACCUGGAUGGGCAAGGUGCCCGAGGAGCUCCCGGAGGACGAGGGCUGGAAGCUCAACCGCCACAACUACUACCAGGAGGGUUGGCUGGCCACGGGCAACGUGCGCGGCAUCGUGGGCGUGACCUUCACGUCGAGCCACUGCAAGCGGGGCGCCGACGCGCCGCUCCGCACCAACUACAAUCUGCGCGGCCACCACUCGCAGGUGAUGCUGGUCAAAUGGAACGAGCCCUACCAGAAGCUGGCGAGCUGCGACGCGUCCGGGAUCAUCUUCGUGUGGAUCAAGUACGAGGGCCGCUGGUCCGUGGAGCUCAUCAACGACCGAAACACGCCCGUCACCAACUUCGCCUGGAGCCACGACGGUCGCAUGGCGCUCAUCUGCUACCGGGACGGCUUCGUCCUGGUGGGGUCAGUGGCGGGGCAGCGCUACUGGUCGUCCAUGCUGAACCUACCCUGCACCAUCACCUGCGGCGUGUGGACGCCUGACGACCAGCAGGUGUACUUCGGGACGAGCAGCGGCCAGCUCAUCGUCAUGGACGUGAACGGCGCCAUGGUGAGCCAGGUGACGGUGGGCGGCGGCCGAGGGAUCACGGCCAUGGCGUGGUCCUGCGAGAAGUUCAAAAUGGACGAGGGCGACGACGGCGACCGCUCCAGCAUGAUGCACUUGGCGCCCUACUUCCGGAACGUCGUCAAGUUCUACACCGACAGCGGCGUGCUGCUGUACGUCAUCCACAUCCCGUGCACCAAGCCGCUGCGGGACUUUGUGAGCCGGCCGCCGCGCGGCCACGUGCGCCUGCACUGCACCAUGAUCCGCCACGACGACGCCACGUCCAGCUCCGGCACCUCGUACACGCUGUACCUCGAGUACCUGGGCGGGCUGGUGCCGCUGCUCAAGGGCAAGCGCACCAGCAAGAUCCGGCCCGAGUUCGUCAUCUUCGACCCGCGGCACGACAUCAACACCGCCGAUGACGACCCCCGCCUGGGCCCGUCCGGGCCGCUGUGCUCGUGGGCGUACGGCUCGCUCGGCUCGGGCCUGCCCGACGACGACGCCGAGUCCGACUCAAGCACGGAGGACGGCGGCUGCGUGAGCCCGCGCAUGGGCCGGCGCCGGACGCACCACCCGGGGCACCGCGGCCCGGGCAGCAGGCACUUCCGGAGCAGGUACGCGCCGAGGAGCACGCCGGCCGAGCUCGUCUACCGCGACAGCCUGUCCGAGGGGGAGGCGCUCACGCAGGUCACGUCCAACAUUUGGGGCACGCGCUUCAAGGUGGUGGGGCUGAAGGGGCCCGGCAUGCCCGCCGUGCUGGGCCAGAUCACCUACAAGACGUCCCUGCUGCACCUGCAGCCGCGACAGAUGACGCUCUGCAUGACGGAGCUGCGCGACGAGAGCUCGCCGCCCAUCAUCUUCGGCCUGGCGCCGCCCAAGAUGCUCAACCCCAAGGCGCGCUCCCCGGCCGCCACGGCGGUGGCCAUCGCGGCGGCGGCCACGGCGGCGGGCGCGGCGGCGGCGGCCGUGGAGGAGGCGGCGGUCGCGGGAGCCGAAGCGGCCCAGGGCGGGCGGGCUGGCGCGGCGGCAGCCGCUGCCGGGGCUCAGCCGAGGACGCCGAGGGCGGUCACCGAGGGCCAGGCGCCCUACUUGUUCAGCAACACCCAGAGGCACAGGUUCGAGUCCACCGCCGCGGCCCUGGCCGCCGCACACGCCCAGCAAGCCAUCGCCCACGCGCACGCACAGCAGGCUCAGCAGGCGCAGGCGCAGGCCGACCCACCCGCCGCGCCGCAGCCGCAGGCGGUGCCCCCGCAGUCCAGGACGCCGUCGCAGCGCGGGUCCUCGCAGCGCUCGGGCUCCACGUCACAGAGGCCGUCGCAGAGGUCCUCCCCGCACCGCUCGCGCUCCGGGAUGACCUCCGCGAUGCCCGCCCUGGCGCGCGCCGAGUCCUACAACGACGACGAGUUCCCCCAGGUGACGCAGAUCCAGGUGCAGGCGCAGGUGCUGGCGGAGGGCUCGGGGGCCCAGCGCACGCCGGCGCUCCAGUCUCCGCGCAUCGGCGUGGCCCCCGUCCUGGUGAGCACGCCCGUGCCGGCCUCGGACUACGACAACGUGCAGCGCGUCAAGGCAAACCAGAACCAGCUGUACCAGUUCGGGCUCAAGCAGGGCGGCUGCAGGCCGUCUGUCGAGGCGCACGUCAACGCCCCGCUGGAGGCGGCGGCCGGUCAGGCGGCCAGGAUGCCCUGCGAGUCGGCGGCGAGCCCGCGGCCGCCCGGCCAGCUGUACCAGCUCAAGAGCUGCCACACCCAGCCCGCCGACGCUAACCCGGCGGACGUGGAGGAGAUGCGUAUCCCCGUCUUCAGCAUCCCCUCCGAGCUCAACAAGAUCGCGGACCUCAACGACCCGGACGCCAUCCUGCCGGACCUCAUCAUCCCGGACGUCAACAUCGAGGACCUCAACAUCCCCGCCUUCAUGGACGAGCCCGAACCGCCCGACGAUCAGGGCUCGGCUGCCUUGGCCGCGGUCCUGAACUUCAUCGACGACGAGGUCGGCGAGGUGCGCAUCGGGCCGGCGCGCUCCGUGAGCCGCUCCGUGAGCGUCGGCUUCCUCAACGAGGUGGCCGUCGGGGUGCAGCCACGUAAGCGGCUCGUCCUGACCAACCGGCGGCGCGGGCACGGCGACGACGCCGAGGACGCCGACAAGGAGGACGGAGAUCGGAGGUCCUGCAGCAAAAGCAUGAGCAUGGAUGCGUUCCCGGGCUACAACCGGACGCUGCACGCAAGCUACUUGGGCCCCGUGCUGAGCUCCACCAUCGAGGACGACGACACGUCCCCGGCUCGCAGCCGCCGGCCGAGCCCCAGCAGGCCCGCCACGCCGGCACCCGUCCACCAGCCGCAGGUCCAGCCGCAGCCGCGGUCCCAGCCGCAGCCACGCGCCCGGCCGGCCCGACACCAGGCCGACGACGACAUCCGCGUCCUGGCCGAGCCCCUAUUCGUCAACCUCCCCGCCGAGAAGGACAAGGCGUCGCCCGAGUCCCCGCCGGACGACACGGACGUCGAGUCCUCGGACAGCAGCAGCCCGUUCGCGCCCCUGGUGGCGGCGGAGGUGCCCGUGAAGCCCAAGAAGAAGAGGACGCUCUUCGACUCGCUCAACGCCCGAGACGUGAUGACGCUGGUGGACUGGCCGCGGCGGCGCAUGCGCAGGAACAAGCGCAAGGACGACACCGAGGCCAUCCUCCUGGACCAGGACUCGGACGCGGACAGCAGGCACAGCACGCCCGCGAGCCCGAGCAGGCAGCCGCACAGCACGCCCGCUAGCCCGGCCGCCAGCAAGAAGACCCCCAAGAGGACGCUGUCGUCCUCGCCCAUAAGGCAGCGCAUCCUCAACUCUCCGCUGCUGCGGCGUCGGCGACGGAACCGGAGCGAGGCGGACGGGGAGUCCGGCGACGAAGCCGGCCUGGUGGCGGCCAUCGGCGCGCAGCAGUACAGCACGCUGGAGUCCUUCCAGAAGGCGCAGCUGCGACAAAAGCUCAAGCAGAAGAAGAAGAACAAGGGCAAGGAGUGCUCCGAGGACUCGGACGACUCGUCCCAGCCCCGCCAGCUGCAGUUCAUCAUGCACAACAAGGCCCCCAUGUGGAACGAGAACAGCCAGGUGUACCAGCUGGACUUUGGCGGCCGCGUCACGCAGGAGUCCGCCAAGAACUUCCAGAUCGAGUUCCUCAACAAGCAGGUGAUGCAGUUUGGUCGCAUCGACGCCAACGCCUAUACACUGGACUUCCAGUACCCCUUCUCUGCACUCCAAGCUUUUGCAGUUGCCCUGGCAAACAUCACCCAGCGACUCAAGUGAACUGGGAGAGCAAGGCUGGCCCAUGUGUACUGACGAAGUUGUCCAUUUCAUUCGCAUUGGUACAAACCAGCUGCGCUGAAAUCAACUUCUCUUUCAGUAUAAAUGAAGACAUUUCUGACUGACUGAAAUGGGGGGGUCGUGAACCUUUUCAUGAUUUAGUGGGGAUUGUUUAUGUGAUUGCUUUUGCAUUGUAGCACCCUGAAUUUGGCAUUGAGUGUUAAAAUGUCCUACUUGUGUCAUACAUGACUUAUGGAUUGUAACUCUAAAUGAUGUGUAUUUACCUUGUAAGGUACCUAUUAAUAUUUGUAUAUUGUUCAAUGUGAUUGUUUUGGUGGUGCAGGGUGGGCGGCCAGCCCAGAGUUGGAGCAGAUGCUAGCGGGCUGCCUAUCGGCUCGGAGCCAUAAGCAUGCAUUAGGCAAACCCGAACCCGCACGCCAAUCCCUCUGACUGGACUGGCCGCCCAAUCUGGGUGUUAUUUAAUUUAAUCAAGUCAACUCUCCCCUGUCUUUGCUCAUAUUACCUUUCAAUUGUAAUUCAUUUUACAUAUUCAAUCUAAGGAGGACGUUAACAAUUGUGGCACGGUCUUUCUGCUGUGUUACAAAUUUGUCUUAAUUUGUUUAUUGGCAACGAUCUAUGGCACCGACCAGUUUUCAGAACAUUUUAAUCCAAGGUUCAGAUUCUAUACCGUCCUGUAGAAUACGUAUUUUUUUGCCCUUCCAGAAAUCUUGAUUGACUUAAAUUGUUUACUGGAUUUACCUAUGUGGCCAGCAAAAGCUUCUUGAAAUUGUGGAGAAAUUUGGAGCAAAUAAACCAUUUUUCAGGUGUUGAAAUUUGGGUGCAUAUGAGGACUAUUUCCUAGGCUUGCUUUUCAAACAGCCACAUGAUUUACCUUUACGUUCUUGGGGAGGGGUGGGAAGUGUGUUGACCCCCCUUUAAAUAUGUUUUCUACACAUAAAAGCGACAAUUUAGUUCUCAGGACUAGAGCAACAGGAAAGAAGCUAGAUAAAUAGUAAAUUAACUUUUCAAAACUUUUAAAGAUUUGCCCUCCUCUUUACUGAAUUGGAAUUGAAUCGUACAAGCUUCUGCAAAGGGAGUGUGACAAUUUGCCAAAAGAAAAGAAAUCUAAAGCUGUGUAUAGAAAUAUGUGAUGGAAAUUGAUAGGCUAUCCCCAAGGUAUUGUCAACGAGGAGAAUGCGUUUGGUCAGGAUCAUGAUCAAGUCUUGUAAAUGGACAGUAUUUUUUAAAUAAAGAGACACAUGAAUUCUCUAAUUAUGUCCUUGAUGGUACAUUGUAUUGCGUCCCAAGCAGAACAAAAAAUUCCAGUUAUGAUCUCAAUUUAACGUCCAAGGACUUCAAAUUGGUACAUUUGGGACUUUGAGAAGUUUGGGAAGUGUCAUAUGUUGUGUGUUAUGUGCCUCAUGACACUAAGUAGCUUGUACAAACUAUGUUUGGAAAUUUAUUAUAUGCUUAUUAUAAAUGUGUUACUAUUAGGUAUAUUACAAUUAUUAUUAUUAUUCACUAUUAUUAGGGACUCCUAGCAUUCUAGGAGCUUUGCUGAGAACUGGUGCCUGUAAAAAGUGUCAUCAAAACAUCUUGUAUUUGAUACAGUUAUCCUAUUCCCUUCCCUUGUCUUCUCUUCUAUGUUCAUGUCUGUGAUAAAAAAAAGGAAGAAGAGGUUUGUGUUUUUCUUUGUCAGUACACUCAAUCAUUAUUAAGAAGUCGUUAUAAGGUAUAAUAUAAGAAGGUAUAAAGAGUAUAAAUCUCUUAGAAGAAAUCUGCAAAACUCUGGUUUCUGAGUCACCACCAUUGAAGACAUAGACAAAAUAGAAUCACAACCAUCAUGCUGGAAAUUGAUUCCAUGGGCAAUAGUAUUAAAUUUUAUAAAAGAUGGCCUGCAAGUAUUUUUAUGUAACUUUAGCAAGCAAAAAUUUGAUUGUAAUACUAGAGUACUUAAAAGCUAGGCAGAUAUUGGGAACCCCCGCCAUGAUACUGACACAGAUUAAUUGGUUUAAUUGGUAGAGAGCUUGACUGUUUCUGUUAUUUUCUGGAUUCCAAACAGUCAGUGAUGGAAGAUAGGUAAUCUAUUAACCACUCUCACAUCCAAUAAUGUCUAGUACCUAUCAAACUAGUAACCUUCAGAUAAUGAUGUCACGUAAUUUAACUUUUGGGGUUUAUCUGGCAAACAAAGCUCCAUUCCGUCAUUCCAUUCUAAGCCGUCCAAUUUUAUUUUCAUUACUGCUUAUUAGGAAAUAUGAAAUGAUGUGUUCUCAUUGUGUUUAGCCAUGAUAAAGUCAGAGGAAUCUGUAAUCAAAAUAAAAAUUCUUCAUUUGGAAAAUGAUUGUACUAUGAAAGAAGAUUUCUCCUUAAUUGUUACUCAAAAGAUUUCUUAUAAUAAUAUUCCAGUUCCUUCCUAAUAACACUUGCUCAAAGCAUAAAAAAGGGGUAAAAAUACUUCAAGCUUGGUGGUACAUUUGCCACUUCAAAAGAGGGGAAAGACAUUUGUGAUCUACUUAUAAAAUGCAUUAGAGUAUUGAUGGAAAUUAUUAAAUUUUCAGUUCAACAGCAAACACUGGUAAUCAGGCUAAAAUUAAAGUAUUCUAAUGGCAUACUCCAGUGUCUGUACAAGACUUGGUAACAAAAAUUACCUUGUAGUUAUUCUCUAUUUACAGCAACAAUGAUGGAAUGCUGCUGGGCUUAGCUCAAAGCAGGUUGUUAAAUGUGUUUGGCGGUCAUCAACAUUAGGUUUGUCAAGUCUGAGGUAAAAUUUGUCUCUAUUUGUGUUUUUGCGUAAAAAAAAAAAAGCCAUGAGAGGUUCUGCUAGACUCUUGUUGGAUUAUUUUGUGAUAUGUGUAAGCUUGAUUGUAGGUGUAAAUGUAAAAAUUAGUUUAUUUUGAAAUUUUUAACUGCUUAACAUAAGCACAAGAAGGUCAAACAAAUCCACUUCUUUAGUUUUUGGUUUUGUUUGAGAGAGCCAAGGCUUGAACAUGCUUUGACGCAUUUUGUUUAACUGUUUGGUGUGGAUACAUUAAAAAAAAAAGUUCUCCUAUGAGGUUUGUAUGCUCAUGCUUAUGGAUUGAAGAGCACUCAACUAAAGUAUAAACUGAUAUACCUGUUGAUGUUGAUAUGUCUUUUUACAAAUAAUUUGAAGAUGAUUGAAUGAGUAAUGUUGCCCACAGUCUUCCCCCGUAUUGAAAGAGAUGAGAAUUAAAAUAAGACUAUGGAGUAUGGAACUAACCAUUUAAGAACCCUAAUUUAAUUUAAAAACAAAACACUACGUAAGUUCCAUAAUCCCUUGCAAUUUGACAUGGCCUAACUUGUCCAUGGAGAUGAACCUUCACAAGAACAAUCAUGUAGCUAUGCUAAUAAUUUAUCUCUUGACCAAACUUAAACUUCAACAAAUAGUUUCAAAAUUUUAAAUGCACCGUGAGUAUGAAAAACAAGAUGGUUACCGUACAAGAGAAAAGACAAGUACGGCAAAAUGUUUUUGUGUUUUUCUUUUUUGAAUGUGGAAUUACUAAAUUUCAACCGUCUCUGUACAGGGAGUUCAAGAAACCAAAAUUAAUGUAACCAGUUUUGGAAAAAAAACAUCAAGAGAAAAUAUUGGCAAUAUUUUCAUAAUGUGCAAGCAAACAAGUUAGAUUAAUUCAUACAAAUGUGAAAUAAUUGAUUGAAUGUGGGCAGUUACCAUUUUUAACUCUUGGAUUGUUGUUAUUAGAGUUUUUACUUUUGUGUUAUUGUUCGUGGAGCUGGUUUGGCAACAGUUUUAAUUAUUUGCUUCUAGAAUCAGAAUUGUGUGUGAAAAGUUAUCUAAAUUUAAAUUUUGUUCCUAUUUCAUUGUUGUGCUUGCUUGUUUUAAUACUCUUUGUUAAAUGUUUCAUUUUAGUACAAUAUUCCUAAACUGGAGUACUGAAAGUUCCUGUUGUAAUGUGGUGCACACAUCUUGGUAAGAGGGCUGUACAUUCCGCAGUUAAUGCAGUUAAAAUAGAAAUUUUGUAAAACCAAACUUUCAGUAAUCCAGUACAUUUACCUUGUACAUUUGUUAAUCUAGAGCACCCUUGAGAAAUCAUAUUUUUACAUAACUUUUUUCCCCAUACUCAAAAAAGCACGUUUUUUUAAAACCUCUCAUCUUUUAAAUAUUAUGAUCCAACACACCAUACUACCAAUCAGAAAGUCUCCAUGCAACAUCGAAUUGGAUUAUGACCCUCUGACCUCACUCCAGUGUGUUGCAUUUUUUUUUUAAAUGUGUGGAAAGUUCAGAUGGAUCAAUGCUUUUUAAGAUUAUUGUAACUAUAACUAUUAUUGCUUCCAGCGGAUUAAAAUUUGCAAUGUUACGUCAUGGUUGUAAUUGAUGUCAAUAAAGGUUUGACCCUUCAAA